AUGGCUUCCAACUUUGCUGCUCCAUCUCGUAAUAACAAUAAAACCUGAGUGACUCAAUUGGACAAACCUUGGACAUCUCUUACCCUAGAUCCAUUGAAAGUCUGUUUAUGAAACAGAGUUAAACAGAAGAAUUAAAAGAUGUUUUCAUCAGAAGUGCACCCUACUAGGUGCAAAGGAGAGCAAGGCUAUGGAUGACAUGACGUUCCGAAGUGAUACUGUGCUGUCUGACGUCCACCUGCAUGUGCCGCAGAAAAGGCAGUUUAUGGUCAGGCUGAAUGCCGUUGGCCAGCCAGUAUUUCUCUCACAGUUCAGACUCCUUUGGAACUCUGAGAAAGAAGAGAGAGAAUUUAAGGGAAAAACCUUCAGAGGCCAGGACAUCUCUGCAGAAGAAGAAUAUGUGCAGGAAGGUGCAAGUGAUCUAGGUUCCCCAGGCAGUACCGAAGAGGAGGAAGGAGGCUCUUUAAAAGGAAUCAGAGCUUUGUUGGAUGAAGAUGGAGAUCUGGAGGUUGUCCGAAGGCCCCUCUUUGCUUAUGCAGAAGACGAGGAUCUCCCAAGGGACAAGGUGUGUCCUGUCAUUUUGAUGCAAGGUGGAGCUGUCUUGGAAGAGCACGAGGAAGAAAGCAGUUCUGGUGACGUUAUUAAAAUAGAGCACACCAUGGCAACUCCAUUAGAAGAUGUGGGCAAACAGGUCUGGCGUGGAGCCUUCCUCCUGAGCGACUUCAUCCUCUGCAACGAAGAUUUGUUCAAAGAUCGCACAGUGCUGGAACUUGGGGGAGGCAUGGGGAUUGUCAGCGUUAUCAUGGCAAAAGCAGCCAAGACUGUUUAUUGCACAGAUAUUGGAGAAGAUCUUCUGGACAUGUGUGAACGAAAUAUUGCCUUAAACAAGCACUUCGCUGAACCAGCAGAAAGUAAAGUAAAGGUCAGAGUAUUGGAUUGGUUGCAGAAUGAUUUCUUUGCUGAUCCUGAUAACGCCUACAGUUGGUCUGAAGAAGAGAUAGCUGAACUGCAUGACUUCACUACUGUGAUAGUAGCUGCUGAUGUCUUCUACGAUGAUGAUCUAACAGACGCCUUUUUUAGAACGCUUUAUCGAAUCACUAGCAACUUGAAAAACCCUUCCACCAUCUACUUGUCAAUAGAAAAAAGGCUGAACUUCACCUUGCGACACAUGGAUGUGGUGUGCGAAGCAUACAGCCAUUUCCGAAGUGCCUUGCAUGACCUACGGGAUAUCAAGGAUGGCAGAACGAGGUUCACCGUGGAGCCCCUUCAGCUCUCCUUCCCACAGCGCUUUGUUUACGAGCGAGUGGAGCAAUUGGAGCUAUGGAAGAUUACUGCUGACAAGAUCUGUGAAAGGUGCACCGCUGCACAGCCUUUGUGAGAGACUACAACAGAAUGGCAUGGCUUUUUCUGCAGAAGCGUUUCCCUCUCAAGUCCUCUCCAAAAGAAACCACUUGCGAGGCAGGAGGGAAGGCAAUGUUCUCUGCUGAGUGUCAAAGAAUGAUUAAAGAUAUCGGUUGCAGCAGAGGCUCCUUCAGCGUGAUUUGUGAGCUGGAGCUGCUCGAGUUAUGUUCCGGAAGAUGGGCGGCUUGGGAUAUGCAGCAUUAAGGGCAGUCAGGAAAACAGGACCCCAGUGAGCAGCAUUUCAUGCCCAUUGUGCCAAUCACAGUAUUAUAAUAAAGAGGCUUUGGACGCCUGUACUGCAGCACAGAUAGGUUUCCAUGGAUCGCAUCAAUCACAUCUUCUGCGUUCGACGUGGGACGUGAGCUUUGGAUCACGAUGAUCCGGUAAUAUUUGUGCCGGAAGUGGAUGCAAUUACAGUGCUAAAUACUGGGAACACUUUGCUGCUACAAGAUAAGCUCUAUCACGACCCUAUCAUUGGGUUAUCUGGAAGUGAGAGUGUGUGACCCUCCUAAGGUCAGCAUGUCCUAACAGAUUUUUAAAGAAGAUCAAGCCAAGGAUUGCUGUGUUUUAUGUAGUUUGACAGAUUUUUAAAUGGAUUUUUAAAUGGUUUGAAUGGUUUUCUUGAACUAUUUAUUUUAAUAAGUCAUGUGUUUAAUUCUAUUUUAAUUUUUGUGUGCUUUGGAUUUUAAUUUUUACAGUUCAGACAAUUCCGGAUUUUGGGGUAUUUCAAAUUUUAGAAUUCCGGAUAAGGGAACGUGUCUUGUAAACUCUGGGACUCUUGUAAUUUUCAUCAAAUUCUGGUCCCAGAAUUUUUGUACCAUUGAAAACUUACCUCUAGAUGUCACUAUAACUGAAGAUUGUUAACAGUAAAGAUGAAUUAAUUUUUUUUUAAUUACACAGAUACCUGUAUUUAAAAAACUAGAACAAGAUUAUAUAAAAUAUGCAAAAUCCAAUAAUAAAACAUAUCAGUUUUAACCAAUCAAACAAUAGCAAUCUGUUCCAUAUUAUCUCCAUCACAAGCCACUGUCAACACCUUUUAAAAUGCUUAUUUUUUUUAUUUAUUUACUAGCCGUCCCCUGCCACGCAUUGCUGUGGCCCAGUCUGGUGAUCUGGAAAAUAAAGUAAUGUGAAAGUG